AAACUGAAGUACUUGCCGAAAAUAGUAAUAACCGUUUACACAUCCCACCGUCCAGCGAUAUUCAUAUUAAAUAGCCAGAGAUAUGUGGGCGCAAUUUCAAAUCGUUCAGGCCAGAUUUACAAGUUCCCGUACCAGCCAAAUAAUACCGUGUAACCUUUCGCCGUCUAUCUGACAAUGAGCUGUAGGAUCUGAAAAUCGGGUCUAUCACCUCUCGACAUCUGAGAUGCAGUUGGCUUUUUGAAGUCUGAUUUCAUUUAAAGGAGUGAAGCAGUGUGAUUGGUCGGGCCGAAGCUCUGCCCUGUGCUAGGACACAUAACACAGUGCGUCUGCACUCAGAUAGGAAGAGAACUGCCGAGUCCGAAAGAGACAGAGACGACAGCCCACCGGCAUCAGUGCGAAGCAAGUCGCACACAUCAACACACGCACACACCGGGCAAAGUCAUCCUCUCAGCCGUCAGAUACCUGCGGCCGCUGCAGGACAGCCCUGGAACUUCCCGACAGAAAGUGACAAAAGCAAACCCUUCCUUUGCUGACUGUCGAACUGUCUUGCAGAUUUGUGCGUAGUUUCAGAAGAGAAUGGGCAGAUUUCGUGCGCUGGCGUUUGUGUGCGUCGGAUGGACCUGCUUAACUGCGGCAUUCUCGGAUCUGCUGCAGGAGCAUAUCCGCGGGCUGAGGGGAACUUCUGGCUUGGGUGAGAAUUCGACCGAGACUGCUUCCUCCCGGAAGGAGAGCACCGCCGUCUCCAAGACAUCAGACCUGCUCCAGGACACAAUGUCGGAGCACAUGCUGAUGCUAUAUGACAAGUAUAAUAAAGCUGGCUACCAGUUUAAGGAUGGAAACACAGUCCGUAGUUUCAAAGCUAACUUGGGAUGGAUUGGAGGUAAACAGAUACAGUUAUUUAAUCUGACCUCUCUAGCAAAAUCAGAAGUUAUUUUGUCCGCCACUUUACAUUAUUAUGCAGGCGAGCUUCAGCUUGCAAACAACACAAGGAUGUGCCCUCACUUAAAUGGCUGCAAACAUCGCUUCCACAGAAAACAAGUCAACAUUGACCUUUCCAUCUGGGUUUUUGGUAUUGUCAACAAUAAUACCAGAAUUCUGGGCCAUUAUAUAAUAAAUACAUCUACAUUUUAUCGAGAUUUUCUCUCUUGGCAGUGGAAAGACAUCACACGAGCUGUUCACAACGCCAGGUCAAAUGAUGGCCUGUUGAUUGGAAUUGAAAUGAUGUCAUCUGGUCCAACCUUUUGGAAGCAGUUGUUUUCAAAGCUUCCACCCUAUAUGCUGGUGUACGCGAAUGAUUCUGCGAUUUCAGAACUGGACAGUGUGGCGAGCACCCUUCGGAGACAGCAGGGAUCAAUUGUUACCAAGAUGCAGAAUUUCAGAAUCAGUGCUGUAAACAGAACAUUUGAAAUGAGGAAGAAACGGUCCGCUAACUUACUCCUGCCAUUGCGUAACAAUGAGCUACCUGGAGCAGAGUAUCAGCACAACGAGGCGGACGCGUGGGACACGAGGAAGCCUUAUAAAAAGCUACAUCCUCGGCCGACAGACCAACAGAAGAAGGGAAAACAAAGGAAGGGUACCAGACAGAAAUCACAAACUCUACAGUUUGAUAAGCAAACGCUGAGAAAAGCCAGACGGAGACAAUGGAAUGAGCCCAGAAACUGUGCCCGCCGCUACCUGAAAGUGGAUUUUGCAGACAUUGGAUGGAGUGAGUGGAUAAUCUCCCCUAAGUCUUUCGAUGCCUACUAUUGUGCAGGUGCUUGCCAGUUCCCUAUGCUAAAGUCAUUGAAACCCUCCAACCAUGCUACAAUUCAGAGUAUAGUACGGGCAGUGGGUGUCGUCCCAGGAAUACCAGAGCCAUGCUGCGUACCCGAGAAGAUGUCAUCCUUAAGCAUCCUAUUUGUUGAUGCAAACAAAAAUAUCGUCCUGAAGGUCUACCCAAACAUGACAGUGGAAUCAUGUGCUUGCAGAUAACUUCGCGGUCAGGAUGUUGUUUGAUUUUUGGGUUUGCACUUCAAAUAUUUUUGUUUUCCUUUUCUUUUUCAUUUUGAAUGAAUAAAGGAAGUCUUCCAAAAAAAUGAAACCCAAUGGUGUCUUUGGAUGAAAAGAUUUGAAAGAUAAUUUAUCAUUUUCUAGAGACACCCCAACACCUGCAUUAAAGGUGCAAUUUUGUGAAGUGAAAACACAUGGAAGGUACCAGAGCUCCUGUGUCUAGAAUUCAGGUUCUGAAAUGGAGCUCUAUUUACUGUAGAUCUGUUCUUAGUUUUUAAAGACAAAUUGAUAGAAAUUGCCAUUGCACUUCAGCAGAUGGUCUUUGACGGCUGACAUACAGUUAAUUCCACUUCCCCCACCCACCAGCUCCUAUCGGUUCCACCUUCAGCUAAUCUCAAAGUGUGAUGAACAUUUUCAACUAUCCUUUGCAUUUUACUUUUGUACUAUUAAAUAACAAAGUAAUUUGAAAUAUAACAGUUAUGUGAAUCAAUGCAAGCGUAUCGUCAACAUAUUUGUUAAUUUACCUUUCAAUUCACACGUUCUGUGCAUAAUGUUUUAUUUAAUUUUAAUUGUCAACACUUUUUAAUGCAACUUGCUGAAGAUCUUGCAUGAUAUUCAAGCAGCCUUUUUCAAACAAACAACUAAAAUCUGUACUCCGAGGUGAUGGACUUGUUGCGGGAUGUUUUCUGGAGCUGCCAAUAACUGGCCAGGUAAAUCUGUAUCACGUUAGGAAACAGUAGCAAUUGCAGUGGAUCAGAGGCACCCACUUGAAAUACAAAUGUUAAAUCCCAGGAAUUGUGUCAUCGAGAUUACCAAUAUUCGUGGUCAGUUAGUGAAAGGAAUGCAACAUUUCUCUUGACCCCUCAAUAUUCCCUCCUAAUAUUAAUCUAAUAAAAACUAGGGGAGAUAUGACCACUACAGCUACAAGAUUUGCACUCUCCUAAGUCAACGAGUUGGUCUUAUCAAUAAAGUUACAGUAAUGUAGUUGAUGUAAUUGGCCAACAUGGCUCAUCAAUUAAAAAACUGUUAAUAAUUGUCAUUUGCGAGGAGGUUCUAUCAUUCAACAUUUAAUAUUGUUUUAACCAAGCAAUUGUGUAUGAAUAAAAGCAAUGAAACUCCAAUAAUCCUGAUCUGCUUGUUCAGAAAUCCUAGUGUUUUAGUAUCUGACAUGCAGGUUGCUAACUUGCAGUUCCUGCACUCCCUUUAAGUUUGCCAGGGCCCUGGUUCCUGCACUCCCAUUAAAUCUACAGCUUUUUUUUGGGGGGGGGGGGAAUUUACAAUACCUCUGUGUAACAUAUGUUUUUGUAAACAGUGAAUUAAAAGUCUAUUGAAACGUUAAUAGAAAUAACAGUGGGCAAUCCAGAAAAUCUGCCAAUUUGGCAGUACCCAGAAGAUCAGAGGAUUUUGGAUUAAUGGAGUUUAAAUCUCUGAUAAUCUGUUGUGCCACUAAAACAAACAUACAUCUCCUCUCUUACCACAAUCCAAAGAUGUAAGCAGCCCCACCAGGUGAGGAAAUGAUUUAUGGGCACCUCCUCUAUCUGCAGCUAAUGCAGUCAGUGCUCCCAUUGUGGCGUCCUCUAGCAUUGCCAGGAUUAGACCAGGUGACCAGUGUUCUGUCCGCAAAGGGUGCCCUGAACUCCUGACUGCAAACCAUGUCAACUCCCCUUCCCAUUCUCACGACAGCGUGUAUAUCCUUAGCCCUCUCCACUGUCACUGUGAAGCCCAAUGCAAGCUAUAAGAACAACUCCUCAUUUUCUCAGUCUGAGUCUCUGACCCUGUCCCUCUCUCUUAGUUCCAUCCACCAUCCACUCACACACUUUGCCCACUGGCCUCCUCCCCCAUCUGCCCUUCAUCUCUCCAUUAAAUAAUUUCCAUUUUUACUUUUCUGACUUAUCACAUUCCAGUACUUGUAGUCUUUAUGUCUCCAUUUAUCACCACCACCAGCUGCCCCCUGCCACAUACCAGCCCCUGUCUCAUCGCUCCCCCUCUCCUCUUUAUCCUACCUGUUUGCCCUCUCAACUCCUAAAUCCUGAUGUUGGGUUUUGAUCUAACAUGUCAACAGUUCUUUUCAUCUCCAAAGAUGCUGCUCAGCUGCUGAGUUUCUCAGCAAUUUGUAUUUUUUUUAAACUAGGACAAUAUAUAUCCUUCAUUAAUUAUACUUAACAUAUACUUAGACUUCAGCUUUUUUGAGCAGCUGUAUUUGAAAAUUAUACAUAUUGCUGUAAGGAAGUAAUUUGUGGGUAUGUCAUAUCAAUAUACUUAUAAAGAAUAAAGGGAAUGUUUGUUUCAUCUUUAAGAUAAAGAUGAGCAUGCUGAAGAAUUAAGUGUGGUUUAAAUUUAGCCAUUGAUGGAAUUUCUAUACAUUUCAAAUCAGAAAUGAAGUGGUAGGCUUGGCCGCAGAGCACUACAAUUAAGGUAGCUAUGCUUACCCUUCAAAAGCACAACCUACGACACAGGAUUACCUUUGCAAAAUUUUGUAACUUCCUAAUACGGGCAUUGUCUAUCUUUCACAGACAAUUUGUCUAUUGGCAUUGAUGCAUAAAUUCUAUGGUAUUGUUUUACUUUUGCCGCAUGGAUUUCAAUUUGGUCUGCAACUAUGUCUUAAACCACUGUUCAAUUCCAUUUAUAUCUUUAGUAUAAAGAUAAUUUCAAGGAAAAAAAAAGUUGUAAAUUAUCAGAAUUUUAUAAAACUUACUGCAUUUCAAUUAUCAGUGCAAACAAAUAUAAAAGUAAUUGUAGGUGGAGAGAAUUAAUGUUGUGCCUUAUUCAGAGCUAGGCUGCCACAGCAAGGAGGAUUUUAAAAGCCAUGAAAUUUGGAGGUUUGAGGAAAUCUUUUACAUAGACCUAGAAACACAUAGAAUUAUAGAUAUAAAACACUGACCUCCAAGAGCAAGCCUCAUAGCAUCAAUUUCUAAAUAAGCAGAUAUAUAUUCCAACAGACAUAGUCUGUCCCUUACUGUUCCUUACAAUAGAGGAAGACAGGCUUUUACUGUCUUCUAUUAUAUAUCACCUUAAAUAUUAUUUAUGCUAAUAUGCAUAUCUUUAUUCAGUGAGUUUACUUCCACAUUGAUUCCAAAGAUGAGAUCAGUGUCAACUAUUUUUACCACUUUAUUUUAUAUCAGUAAAUAACUUCAUUUCUCUAUGUAAGUAUGAAAUACUCAGCAUUUUGGUAGAGGAAAAUAUUUUGGGAUCAUGUAAGAAAAAAAUAAUCAACCAUGUAAUUUUCUCAUCAGUUUUUUAAAAAUUCAAAUAUAUUUUAACUAUUUAAAUAACAAUUGAAUGCAUUGAAUAAUUUUAAUAUCAGUUUUGUAAAUAUUACUGUUUUGGAGUUGCUACAAACUUAGACUUGUUAAAUUGUCAAAAUCAAUUGAUCAUUGAAGAACAAUUAAACAAAUAUUUUCCAUGUUCUUCCCAUCAGAUUUAGCUAUUAGUUUAUAUUAUUUUGAAUAAUUAUGAAUUAAAUUGCAUGCUUUUCUCUUAUAAUUGGAAAUUGUGUGUGUGUGUAUAUAUAUAUAUUAUAUGGAUAAUUAUUACAAAGGCAUCUGAAGCAGUUUGCCUCUAUUAUUCUGCUUUAUAAAAGCUUGAGCAAACUUACCAACUUAACAAAAACAAUUCAAUUUUAAUUGGCGUAAUCCUUUGUUAUUAAAAUGUAUCAGAAGUAACAAAGUUUCCAUUGUUAACUUUGGCUAUAAAACAAUAAUAUUUAAUGAUGGAUAAGAUCAUAUGGCUUCGUAGCUUAAGUGCAUUUGUAUAUCUUUACCAUAUAUUGCAAUAUAUUUUCCAUUUCCUUGUAUUCUGGUUAGUCUCCUUUGGAUUUGGCUGCAGCAGAUUUUUUAAAAAUCUAAACGUAAUUCAAUUGUAAAGAAUUUCCUGUAAACACUUAGUUGCUAUGUAAUAUUGUACAAUAUGUUUUAAAAUAGUACAUAUUUGUAUAUGAAAGAGAAUCAUGUUGAAAAGCUUUUUUUAAUUUAUUUUAUGUUUGGCUAUGAUUUCUUUCCCCCUUAUUUUUGCACAGUUUCAAAUUUUGGUUGCAAUAAUGUUUAUUGAAGAGAACGGGAGAGUAAUAAUGAUUGUUAGUUUCCUGAACACUACAAAGCAUCUGAAAUGAAACUGUGAAGGGCACAUCACUACUGAUAUCUAAGCUUUCUUGUUUAAUAGUGUUUUAUUAUAUUAAAGGCAAACUUCCUCACAAUCUUUGAAAAAGAAUAAAGUUAGUUAUGAAAUU